GCCGGGGCCGUGGCGCUGCGGAGCCGCCCGGACGCGCCGCUGCCGCCGCUCCCCCUAAGCCGGCAGGGCCGGGCCCGCCAUGGCCCCCGCCUGGAUCGGCCGCCUCUGCCUCCUGCUGCUCUGCCUCUGCGGGGAGGCCGCCGCGGGGAGAGACUUCUACAAGAUCCUGGGGGUGUCCCGCGGCGCCUCCAUCAAGGACAUCAAGAAGGCCUAUCGCAAACUGGCGCUGCAGCUCCAUCCCGACAGGAACCCCGACGACCCCCGGGCGCAGGAGAAGUUCCAGGACCUGGGCGCUGCCUACGAGGUGCUGUCAGAUGAGGAGAAGAGGAAGCAGUACGAUGCCUAUGGAGAGGAAGGCCUGAAGGAUGGGCACCAGAGCUCCCACGGAGACAUCUUCUCCCAUUUCUUUGGGGACUUUGGAUUCAUGUUUGGAGGAAACCCUCGCCAGCAGGACAGGAAUAUUCCCCGAGGAAGUGACAUCAUCGUGGACCUGGAGGUCACUCUGGAGGAGGUGUAUUCAGGAAACUUCGUAGAAGUUGUCAGGAACAAGCCAGUGGCAAGACAGGCACCUGGCAAACGGAAAUGCAACUGCAGGCAGGAGAUGAGAACCACCCAGCUGGGGCCUGGGCGCUUCCAGAUGACUCAGGAAGUUGUUUGUGAUGAAUGUCCCAACGUCAAGCUGGUGAAUGAGGAGCGGACGCUGGAAGUGGAGAUAGAGCCGGGGGUGAGGGAUGGCAUGGAGUAUCCCUUCAUUGGGGAAGGUGAGCCCCACGUGGAUGGGGAGCCAGGAGAUUUGCGCUUCCGAAUAAAAGUUCUUAAGCACCCAGUGUUUGAAAGGAGGGGAGAUGACUUGUACACAAACGUGACAAUCUCGCUGGUCGAGGCACUGACAGGCUUUGAGAUGGAUAUUGCCCAUUUGGAUGGGCACAAGGUUCACAUUGUGCGGGAUAAAACCACAAAACCCGGCGCCAAGCUGUGGAAGAAGGGAGAAGGUCUUCCAAACUUUGAUAACAACAACAUCAAAGGCUCCCUAAUAAUCACCUUCGACGUGGAGUUCCCCAGGGAGCAGCUGACGCCGGAGCAGCGGGAAGGUCUCAAGCAGCUGUUGAAGCAAGGAUCAGUGCAGAAGGUCUACAACGGAUUACAGGGAUAUUGAUGUGUGGAAAAAUUGGACUUCCCUGGAAAUGCAAAGUCAGAUUUGUUUGCAGUCUUUUCUCCUGCCCACUGUAGAAGGGGGAAGAGGGAGGGGGGCAAUGGUUGAGGUUUAGCUCAUCUUUGGUUUGUAAAUUAUGGAAGUGCUCAGAGUUUGGGGAAGUACUUUUUCAGGACAUAACUGGUGCUGCCUAUCAUGUUCCACGUCCUGGAACAACAGAGAUUCCUUGAGCGGGAAAACAUAGGUAGGGAAAGGAGUUUUAAAUUCCACACAGAUUGGAAUUUCUGGUUUUUAAAUAUAUUUUGAUGUGACUUUU